AUGGCGCAGGUCCUUAACCUAAAUCCUCUCCGUUCUUCGUCGGCUGCUCCGACGGAAUCGAGCGGCCUCCAUCUCCGAGGCAUAGCCGGGAAGCGGAGCUGGAAUCAAUUUCAGAGGGAGCUCAAAUGCAACGGCAAGUUCACUUGCCUGUUCUCCAGCGGCGGGCGAGAAGAGCAGGCGAAGAAAGCAUUGGAAAGCGCGCUGGGAGGGAAGAAGAGCGAGUUCGAGAAAUGGGAUAAGGAAAUCAAGAAGAGAGAGGAAGCUAGAACCAGCGCAGGAGGAGGGGAUUCCGGUGGCGGCGGUUGGUUUGGCUCGGGCGGACCAUUCGGAUGGUCCGGCGGCGACAAUUUCUGGCCCGAAGCUCAGCAAACCAGUCUAGCCUUGUUGGGAAUUCUGGGCAUCUACCUUUUGGUCGCCAAAGGGGACUUGAUGCUUGCCACCGUCUGCAACCCUGUGCUCCGCACUCUCAGAGGAGCCAGAGAUGGGUUGACUUUGGUUUCGUCGAAAUUCUCCGGCGUGGGCGGUGGUUAUGCUGCUGUCGGUGAACCCUCGAGCGAAGAAGCUCACAACAAUGUCGUCGUCUCCGCCAAGGAGAGAGUGUUGAGAAAAUGGGGAAGCGAUUGA